GUGUUCCCAUCUCCAGCACCCCGACCAGCUGUUCUUAAACAAAACAAUUUGGCGUUAUUAUAGUUUUUAAUCAAUAUUAGUCACUUAAUGGACUGCUGCGGCAACGAAAUACGCAGCGAGAGUAUCUACAACAUGCUGCAAGCUUUGGUCGACUCGAAGGUGGUUAAUGUGCAGCUUUUAUCGAUUGCCGUGGGCAUUUUCUUCGUGGUCCUGCUACUAAAAAACAAUUUUCGCUCCUUUUCGGGCACGUAGAUCGUUGGCAUUUAGUGUUUAAUUUAUGUAAUAAUGUAAUGUACGCUAAGGACUAAUAAUAACUACUUGAAGCCAC